AUGAUCGAUCAAGUCAGCCAGUGUCUCCUUCGCUCCAGUGCAAGGGCAAGGAUCUUUGCAUUUAGCUUGAUAGUUACUCUGUUGAUAUUCUUGGUAUUCGUGUUUGUUACUCAGUACUUUAAGCCCUCAGGGAAACGGAACCUCAAAGAUGGUCGCACGUCUCGUCUUCCUCCUGGCCCACGCGGCCUUCCCAUCCUUGGGAACCUGCUCAGCUUGAGAGAGGGACGCCAUGAUCCGGACCACGCGUUUCUCCGGCACAUUGCCAGCUUCGGAGAAAUGACGACGGUGCAUCUCGGCUCCAAAACUUGGAUAUUUCUCAAUUCUCACCGUACCGUCUCCGAGAUUAUAGCCAAACGCGGCAGCGCGACCAACACGAGGUCUCCCAUGCCCAUCUCCAGUGGCCUAGUCAGCCGUAAUGGCAGGUCAUUGGUCCUUCCUCAAGAGACCUGGACAGAACGUCGACGAGUGAUGCACAGCCUUCUCAGCGGCACCGCCUUGAAGCAAUAUGGGGAGUGGCAGGAGCUCGAAAGCACCCAGAUGAUGGCCGAGUACCUCUUCAAACCUGGAAAGUGGUACAAGCAUCACUAUCGCUAUGCAAACUCGGUCGUUCAUCGGAUUGCUCUUGGAGAGCGUCUGGGCAAAUCGACUCAAGAGCUGACCGACCUCCAAAACUGUGUCACCUUUUUCGUUGGAAGCAUUGGAUCUAGCAUCAUCGAUUGGUUUCCAGAUCUCGCCAAGUUGCCCAAGUUCAUGCAGCCGUGGCGUCGUCACUGGCAAGCUCUGGGUGACUGGAACUACGACGUGUACAACUCAUGGUGGGCGCCUAUCCGGAAACAAGUGGAGGAGGGGACCGCGCCGCCGUCCUUUGUGCGCGAUGUGCUUCUCAACAAAGAUACGAGGUACAAGGGAGAUGACCAGGACUGCAUGUAUGUUGCAAUGCAGCUGAUCGAGGCGGGGAGUGACACUACACGAGAGGCGCUUAACAUCAUGGUCAUGGCAAUGUUGGAGUAUCCCGAACCGUUCCGCAAGGCCAGAGGCGAGAUUGAUCAACUGUGCGGCAUUGGGGAGCAAGCAAGGCUGCCGGUUCUUUCCGACAUGGCCGACCUGCGCUUCAUCUGCGCCAUUGCGAAAGAAGUCUUGCGUUGGCGGCCCAUCUUCAUCGUGACCCCAGAUCAUGUUGCUUCGCAGGACAUUGAGUUUGAGGAAUACAGGUUUCCAGCCGGUACGGGCUUUGUCAUUAAUGAAGUCGCCGUGGGCAACGAGUGCGAAAAGCCUGACAUUUUUUAUCCGGAACGAUGGAUGAAUGGCCAUGAAACCGACAUCAGCCAUGGGCUCUGGCAGUUUGGAGGAGGCAGGCGAAUCUGUGUCGGAUAUCGUUUGGCCCAGAGAAGCUUGUUCAUCAACAUGGCGAGACUUAUCCAAUGCAUAGACUUCAAGGCGGAUGGUCCGUAUAACGGGAGGAUCCUCAACCUGGAAUCAACAGAUGAGCCUUUCCCAGUCAAAGCCACCAUCCGCAGUAGAGAGUACGAGAGGUUAAUUGUCGAGGAAGCGACUAGGGCUGGCGUUUUGGAAGAUGCGAAACUCGAUCGGGAUUAG